GCUCCGCCCCCCGCUCGGCGGCCUUAGCAGGGGCGGCGGGGCUCAACGCUCAGAGCGGCAGUUGGCAGCAGCGUCGGCAGGAUGGCGGGGGUCAGUGGCGCAGAUCGGCUUCGCGAUGGCAGCUGCCACUUUCAGCGUUCCCGGCUCAUCUGGAUGAUCGCCAUCGCCUUCGGCAUGGUCGUCCUCGGCUGGGUGUCGCUUUUUCCUUCGACUAUACCUUAUAGUUAUCUGGGAGUGUUUGGUACCUUCCUUAAUUAUUUAGUGGAAAACCACCACAAAUGGGUAUGCUAUGGGUUCUGGGUAUCCUGGUUGAUUCACGUAGUAGAAGCCUUCUACGGUGUUAAGAUGUGCCAAUCUAAAGGAAUCACUGACCCAGCAGUUCAGUUUCAUUGGUUUCUUCAGACACUCUUAUUCGGGUAUGCUUCCUUCGGUCUUCUGGUGUCUUACAAGCCUGCAGCCAAGAAGCAGUACUAGAAGCAGUGAAAGAACUCACUUUUUGCAUUCUUCAUCCUCAUUUUUCGGAAAAUACCCUUGAUUACACAUCUAGGUGCCGUAAUUAACUAAAAUACAUUCCUGCUACAUGAUGCAGUGCCGUUUUACCCAAGUAACUCUCCUCUUACUAAGGAAGACAAUUAUAAUUCACAGGGCCCUGUGGACAAUUCAGUAAAAAUUCAGCCCUUCAGUCUUGGCAAUGCCAGAGUUUAAUCCCAUUUAGCAUGCAAGAAGCCAAAGCUGCUCCUCUGCAGUUUUUGACAUAGACUGUAUAAUCUGAUUAUCACAGAAAAGUUCCUGACAACUGGUAGUAAUGGUUGGUAAAUUACCUUUUCAUGUGGAGGAGUUUUCUUCUACAUCAGGGAGAGUAUUUACAGCCACAAGGGAACUUGCACUUGUUUUGUGAUAGGAUUUAACUUUACAUAUAUUUUCUCUACAGGACCUCUUAGUGGCUUUUGUUGUUGCUGUUAGACCCUGGUAUUUGUACUUUGUUUCGUCAAGUUAUUUUCUUCCACAAAAGACAGGCUACUGUAUUGCUGCAGGCACAUUAAAAAGACCAAAUCUCACUCUGGUUGAGGUGCGGUGGUGAGCUCGGACAUGUAAUGCACUUCAGUGUGGUUUAAUACACGUGCCUUAAAUUUCAUGCAGCAUGACCUCAUCUUUUGAAUGAAGAUUUUAAUCUUUGAGUUAGUACAACAUAAAAUAAUAAUCUUGUAGCUUUGAGGGCAGCUUGUUCAAAAAAUAAUUUAUUACCCAGGAAA